AUGGCGAAGAAAAGUUAUGACUACCUUUUCAAGUUACUCCUUAUAGGGGAUUCAGGCGUCGGAAAGACCUGCAUUUUAUUCCGCUUCUCCGACGAUGCGUUUAACACGACGUUUAUCUCGACGAUAGGUGAGAGAAAGCGAUUGUGUUGUGCUAUUUACCUGGUAAAUGUUAGAAUAUGUGAGCUCUGAUCGAGUUAGGAAUUUCGCUCUGCAAAUGCAAGCAUUUUAAAGUCAGCCGUCGACUUUUUACUGUGUGGUGUGGUAAUGCAGCCCAUCCACCUAACCGCCGCACCAUAAAGAAAUUUAAAUUUGUCGGAAACGAACCAUGGCAGUUUCGUUUAAAUAUUUAGAGAAUGAAGUUUGCCAUAAUUUCAUCCCGCUGUGUUAUGCAUGUCGUGUCCAAUCGUAGAUAGAUAGACAUCACCUUACCUGAGCCUAAUACACAGAGUAUGAUGAAACCCAAAUAUUGCCACUGAAGUUCACAAUUUCGCAUUACUACACAACGUCAAUUCGAGGAUGUAAUUAACGCACUUGGCCAACCUUUCACAAAAUGAUGAUUGCAACAUUUUCGAGUCCAAAAGAUCAUUACUAUUUUGAGGCUCGUUUGCAAAUUCCUAAAAUUUGCACUUCGAUUUCCAAAGAUGGGCUUUGUUUACUCAAUAGUAGCAUAAAUUUCGGAAUUCGUUAGUUUUUGUUACAAGUCUUGUCAAAAUCUUUUCCGGAUUUAUCAGCUGUUUGUGACUAAGUAGGAGGGUUUUGACCAAAUUACACUAAUUAUGUUUUUAUGCUGUUUUUGUAAAAUAGAAUUGUUAGAUGGUCAUUCAUUUUAACUUGAACAUUCUUUGUGUAAACUUGUCUGUAAAAGGCUUGUGUUUCUACUUUUUUUUGACUACUACUUAAAAUUAUUCAAUUAUUCAAUUUCAAUACAUCUAAGCUGUUAUCCAAGUCAUCAGUUGAAUGAAUUGCCCCCUGCUUGCAAAUAUUUUAUAAGAAUUUUGGUUAAAUUUGGUCAGUGACUGCACUGACUAACUGUUUAACUAGCUAGGAAGUCAUAUAAGAAGAAGCUUUUGAAAAUAUUUUGACCAAGCAUGAGUCAUGGGUUGCUUGUGUAGUAAGUGAGCCAACGUUCAAAGAUAAUAUUCCAGACAUAGUUGCCGGUAAUGGAUAGAAAUCGAUGUCGCAAAUCAAUCGAUAUCAUCGAUAUUAAUCGAUUUAAUCCACUAAUUAAUAUUGAGUGAUAUCAGAAAUCGAUAGAAGUCGAAGUCACAGAAAAAAUAAUAAAUUAUUUAUUGAUUAUUAUCAAUUAACAAAAUUGAUAACAAUUGAUCCAAAUCAAUAACAAUCAAUUUCUAUCGGAAACUAAUAUUUUAAUUGAAGUCACAACUUUUUUUCUUUAUCGAUUUCUAUCCAUUGAUUUCAGAAAUCGAUAUUCAUUGAUGAUUGAUAUCGAUUUAUCGAUUAUUGGUUUAUCGAUUAACUACAUCUGAAGUAUUGAAAGGAGAUAGCCUUUGAAUGUCACUUUGAUGUAAAUUUGUUUGUAAGUCAUAUCUUCAAUUUCGUUUUGGAUACACAAGUUUCUGAUCAAAUGCCCAGCUUUAAACCUUUAACUGGCAAAUUUUGGGGGGAAAUUUUAUCGCUGCAGCUGCCUUUUGAAAAGUAUGCUAAAGACUUCUAUACUGUCAUGAAAGAUAUUACUAUACUAUAACUCCUAGGGCUAUUAACUAUGUAUCAAAAUGUUUGUCAUAGAAUGCUCUUCUAAAUACAGCAAUAAAAUAUGAAACAGGAUUUAUUGUCAAUAUUUUACCAAAUUGUUUCCAAUUUCAACUCUCUGAGGGCACUCCUCUUCCAAAGUUGCUUCAAUCUAGAUUGAAUCGAGUAAAUCGCCAUCGUGAGUAAUAAGAACUUAAUUUCCUUUGCUUGAAGAUAUAUCUUCAGAGUUAAAAACAACAACAACACACUAACAGAUAGUUAUGAUUUGAAUAGCACCUACCCAUAAAUAGUGAAAAAAACUAAUUUACAAGAAACGAUCUGUUGUGAAGUCAUGACGUAUGCUAGUUGUUCAUGAUUGUAGCAAACAAAAAUCGUGCGGUCUAAAUUGGCCUUUAGGAUUACCGGAACUUGGUGGCCAAGUGUUUUUCGCCACCCACACACAAAUUUAAGUUUCUACAGAAAAAUAAGUUCAAGAUUUCCUUUUUAAUCCAACAGAUUUUGUUCACUUGAAACAGACAAUAGGGCCAUUUAUAUGAGAGCAAAUAAGCCAUGGCUUACCCAAGAUGCUAACAUCCUGAAUAAAUGGUUCAAAAUCUGCAUUCUCGGCUUAUUCAAUAUAUGGCUAGCCCAAGCCACAGCUUAUUCUGAUCUAAAAGCUUUGGGUUACAUUGUUUUUGGCUUGCUGAAGCCAUGAGCAUCUGCUGGGUAUGUGCUGUGCUGUUUUCAUUUUUGAUGUUGUGGCCCAGACAUCUUUACUUGUGCUCCCAUCACUGUCAAUUAACUAAUUAUAGAGCACAAAAUUAAUAUUUGUUUGGAACACGUCCUCCAGUGGAAUGGUUCCUAGAUAUUUGCGUCACUACAGGAUUUGGGUUAAGUAAUUCAUUUCCCAUUUUUUUUUCUCUAGGUAUCGACUUUAAGAUUAAAACUAUUGAGCUUCAAGGAAAGAAGAUUAAGCUGCAGAUAUGGUAAGCUAAUUUCACUUGAGUUGUGUAUGUAUGAAAAAUUGUUCAGUCUAAAAAUGCUAUGAAAUGUUCUCAUUCUGGUUCAACAUAACUGGACAAGCAACUUUGCUUUUUGAUUCUAAGUCAACAAAAACUAAAAUGACAAAGAAAACUGAACUUUACUCCAUGAAACUAACCUUGGCACAUAAACUCUUUCAAGACAGUCAACCUUUGGACUGAGCACUAAGAGUACAUUUUAGAGAGGUAUUUACCCUACUCAGAAGUCCUGAAUUAAAACUAAAUUUAAGAAGUUCUACCCCUCAGAUUCCAAGUUUGCCCAUUGCUUGUUUUCUUAGUAGACCCCUUGUACUGUAGUUGCAAGCAUGUUGUUGUUUAAGAAUUUUAUACAUUACUGAUCACUGUGUCCAUAUGAUAUAUAUAAUUUGUUUUAUACGUGUUGAUGUAGAUUAGGUUAGUUUAAUUUGUAAACUCAAUAGCUAUCGUGUUUAAAUAAAGAUUAUGUAUGUAUGUAGAAUGUGCAUGUGAACCUUACUUGCCCUGUGUUGAAAAGGCAUCUACAUCCACAUCUACUUCAUUACUCUUCAACACUUUACACAUGUAUCAAGAAGAGUUAAGAAAUAAGAAUAAAAAUAUAAAUGAAAAAAUUAAAAUAAAACAUAUAGUAUUAAGGAAUUGCUAUACUUAAAACAAAACUUAAAAUCAUCGAUUUUGCUGCACAAAAUGCUGAAUAAUUAAGUGAUCUGGUUUCAGGUAAUAAACAAUGUUGUUGCUCUUCUAGGGAUACAGCUGGCCAAGAGCGCUUCCACACAAUAACAACGUCAUAUUAUAGAGGAGCGAUGGUGAGUGGAAUUAUUUACUUUUUGAGAUAUAAACAAGCAUUUAACUCUGUCUUUUUAACAUCAUAUUAUAGAAGAGCAAUGGUAAGUGAAAGCAACUUUGUGAGUUAUUUUAACCUCAUCUUUUCAACAGAAGCAAGAAGUUAUUCUAAAGACAAUGGAAAAGGACUGUUGUAGUAGUUCAUUGGAGUUGUCACACCUUAGCAUUAAUAUGAUGCAACAUUGCACCAUUACUUAUAAUACGAGCUACAUGUAGCUAGAAGGACUAAUGCUAAGUUAUUAAGCACAUGAUACUUAAUGCAGUUCUAAUUAAGCAUCAGUCUGAGUUUUUUUGAUAUUUGCAGGGCAUUAUGCUUGUGUACGAUAUAACCCAAGAGAAGACAUUUGACAACAUUUCAAAGUGGCUACGGAACAUUGAAGAGGUACUUUCCGUUUUUGUUGUGAAUGAAAAUCACUUUUCCACAUACCGCACUUACUAAAAUGAUUCACUGGAGUCUACUACAAUAAUCACCAAGGGAAAAUUGUAUUGUUGCAUAAAAUUUCUUUUCAUCCCCUUUGAAGGUUUUGUAUCUUUGAACACUCAGUAUUGUGAGAAGUUCCAGUUAAACUUAACCUUCAUAGCUAGCUGUUUCGUUAAAGCAUCAUGAAAGAAAUUCCUCUUGAAGGCAAACAGGAGACUGAAGAGGAGGAAGAGAGAGAUUUUCGCUUCCUCUUGCAUGUUUUCCGUUCCUUCCUGCUUCCGAGGCUUGGGCUGUGUACCUCACUUGGAAAGUGUGCAUUAUUUUAUACACAUGUAACUUGUCCUUGUUGCAAUUUUUUUUGUUUGAUCUUACAUGAAACUAUUUUAGACCUAAUUUAAACCGUUUUUUAAACCCAAUGGAUUGACCUUCAAUAAUGUCAUUGUAAUUUUUUGCACUUUAUUUCAGCAUGCAAAUGAAGAUGUAGAAAAGAUGAUCCUCGGUAACAAAUGUGAUAUGGAUGAUAGAAGAGUUGUCAGCAAGGAGCGUGGUGAUCAGGUAGGUUCAAACUGGAAAAGAUUUCCAUGGUAACUCCCCCAAAUAAGAUGCAAAACUUGUUCACGAAUAGUUCUCCUCGCUUAAAGAGAACCAUGGCUUUUUCUGUCAAAAUGCAUGGUUCUGUUAUUAAAGUUUGCAAAGAAGUGGCAAACACAAUAAGAUUGUAUGAAACAUUAGCCUCUAUUUUUUUCAUUAGAAUAGUCAUGAUCAUCCAGGGCUGUCAUUAAGAGGCGGGGGCCGGGGAUUUCCCACCGCUACUAUGAACAUGGUCCCCGGUUAUUUUCAUAGGAAAAUAGAAGAAAAAUAGAACCAAAAGAAAUCCCUAGCUGUUUGAUUCCCUGCCUACUUGUUGUAUUUACCCGGCAACUUGGAAUCUUAGUGACAUCCCUGUCAUCAUUACAUACAGUGACAGACGAUAUCGCAUGGCGGCACAGAGAUUCAAAAUUUCUCUUUGAGUGUUGAAAAAUAUUAAUUUUCUUGAGUGAGCGCAGCGAUCAAGUGAAGUAUUUUUUUUAACACAAGAAGAGAAUUUUCGUAUCUCCAAGCAGCCAUGUAAUGUUCUAUUUGUUAUGUAAAGACCAAUGAAAUACCAAACCACUUCACUUAAAUAUGUCUUUGCUGCCGAAGGCGCAAUUUAUUAUGUAGCCGUAGCAAUGGUGAUCUUUUCAUGUGUGAAGAUAUCAUGUUUCCAUGCAAAAGCUCACCUGGUAUUUCAGUGGGAGAGCGCUGGUUUGUUGAGUGGGACGUCACUGCUUCAACCCCUGGCCAGACAAAUGCUCGGGGUUUUUAAAUAACUGAGAAGAAAGUGCUGCCUUUGUAAUGACUUCUGCGCACAGUUAAACUUUCUAGUCUUCUCAGAUAAGGAAGAAAAACUGUAGGUUCCAUCUCACAACACUUUCACUUAUCUGAUUCUUGUGGGACAUAAAAGAACCCACAUGACUGUUCGAAAAGAGUGUGGUGUGGCCAACCUUUCCUGGACUAGGUGGGUUAUCUGUAAGGAGAGAUCAUAAUACAGAGAUAACCUGAUGAUCCCCUUUAAGGUGCCAUAAUGGCUACCUGUAAACAGUGUACGUACUUUACAUGUAUGUAUAUUUGUGAAGAAAAAGGGUUUUGAUUGCUGGUUUCUUUGGUUCCUCUCCACCUUAGAUUGCCAGAGAGCAUGGCAUAAGGUUCUUGGAAACAAGUGCCAAAACCAACAUCAACAUCGAGCAAGCCUUUUACAACCUAGCUGAAGAUAUCCUUAAGAAACAAUUGACCAAGGACAAUGAGGAAACUUCUCAAAACAUUCACGUUAGCAAUACACAAGAGAAGAAAGGGGGUUGCUGUUAA